UCUUGGAGUUCCUUUGCUUUAUGUAAGAGGGUCCUUAAGGAACUCAUAUCCGAGCAAUCAGAAAUGAUGCCAUGUUCAAAAGAAGCACUCACUAAGCUGUUCUACAAUUGCUCCAGCUCCUUCCAGCUUCUCUUCCUCAUCUUCUAUGCUUCCUCCAUUUUACUUCCCAAGCUCUUCAACUUCCUCUGCACCAAUCCAAUCUUUACCGAAAGAACCCAAAACGGAUUUGAAGCUGGCUGGUCUUCCGAGGAUGAAGAAGUUUAUGAAGAUUUUCAUGCUGACAGCGUGGACAAGGAUGACCACAACCAUACUUUUUCGGAAGAAAUCACAACUCUAUGUGAACCCGAUUAUGAAGAUCUGGCUGAAAUCUUUCCCGCAGAAAACUAUUCCCCGGUUCACGGCUCACCAGCGUCCGAUUCCAUAAAUAUGGAAGAUGAAGUACUUCAUGACGAAGAGAUUCCAGAAAGAAAUUCUGAUUCGGUUUACUUUGAUGCCUUAAGUGAAGAUAGUCCCACUUUGUCUACAGUCAUACACAUGAACAAAAAUGACUUGGGGGUGUCUGCUGAGGAAUCUCAUGAUGAAGAGAGGAAUGAGAUGGGUGAAAAAGGGAUCCUGGUAGAGAAGAAUUUCAAAGGAGAUGAAAAAUUUUUAGUCUUCGCACCAUCCCAAUUGGAAACUAAGAGCAUUCAAGUUGAAGAAAAUGGUAGGAAUGAAGAUAUUUUCGGGGACUCGUAUACGAUUGGAUCAACUUCGAAGAGCUCAUCCGAAUGGAGGAGCUCAACUAUUAAUCGGGAUUCUGGGACGGAUGACCCAUUCUCGUCUUCAUCUCGGAGGAGUUGCCCCAAGUGGGAGUCUUACACAGUUUUUCAAAAGUAUGAUGACGAAAUGGCGUUCUUGGAUAGAAUUAGUGCACAAAAGCUCCAUGAAACAGAGUUACUUAGGUCUAUCCAAGUUUGCCCAAGAUCGAUUUCAGAGAGAAUUGUUCAUAAGUUGGCAACAAGAAAUAAGAGCUCCUCCAAUAGCAGUCAUAACCCAUAUAAUGAACUGGAGGCUGCUUACGUCGCUCAAAUUUGUUUAACAUGGGAAGCUCUUAAUUGGAACUACAAGAACUUUCAAAGCAAGAGAGCUUCGCGCUGUGAAUUUGACCCUGGUUGCCCUGCCCAUGUUGCCCAGCAAUUUCAACAGUUUCAAGUUCUUCUGCAGCGAUAUAUCGAGAACGAGCCUUACGAGCAUGGUCGGAGACCUUUGAUUUAUGCUAGGAUGAGGAAAGUGGCACCGAAGCUGCUUCUUGUGCCAGAAUAUCGAGAUUCGGUUGAGGAUGAACAAAAAGAGGAUGGUUGUCGCUCAAGAAUUUCUUCAGCUUCAUUUCUAGUGAUAUUGGAAGAUGGAAUCCGAACAUUCAUGAAUUUCCUCAAGGCAGAAAGGGAUACUCACCACCAACUCCUAAAAGUAUUCUUCAACAAGAGAAAUAUAACAGUUUCUGUUGAUCCCACUCUUCUCCUCCUCAUGAAGAAAGCCAAUAAAAAGAAGAAACUGAAGCUCAAAGAUCUUCGGCGGGCCCGGAAAUGCAUACGGAAAAGAAGGUUGAAUGAGGAAGAAGAGAUGGAGAUUUUGAUGGGGCUGAUAGACCUAAAAGUGGUUUCUAGGGUUUUGAGAAUGGCGGACUUAAGUGAAGAACAGUUACAGUGGUGCGAACAAAAGAUGAACAAAGUGAGAGUUUGGGAAGGAAAACUGCAAAGAGAUUCCUCUCCACUUUUCUUCCCUCCACAUUGAGACCCACCAGAGAUCGUUAUGAUGGAUCGUGGUGGAUGACUAGAUGAUGAAUGCGCAUGCAUGCAGCCAUGCAUGGAAUUAAUAAAUUGGUGAAUAUUCUUCGGGCAACCCUUUUGUAAAUGCUACGUGUAAAGAAAAGGAGGUGAGGUUCAAAGAUGACCCACAAAUCAGAGAAAGUGCAUGUGGGUGAGGUGGAUUUUGAGGACUCGGAAUCCAUGAAAGAAAGGUAAAGAAGGUUUUCGAUGUGGAAGAGUCAUGGAUCUCAAGAACAUUGAACGGGAAGGAGCCAGAAGACAAAGCAAGGAACAUAGGGAUAGAGACAUGAUCAUGACUAUAUAUAUAUAGAUGGCUUUAACUUUCUUUCUCUUUCUUUUUUUUUUAAGUAGACUUUAUCUUUUUGGUUUAUUGAUUAGCUUGAGUACUUUAUCUGCAAGGGAUUAGUUUGAGUCGAAUUAAAAGAAGAGAGAGGCUAAGGGCAAAGCUGCGACACAUGGAGCGGAAUAAAAAGGGGGGCACAUGGUACACUCAGUGGGUGGGGGGGACUCAUAUAAUGUUGGAUUUAUAGUAUCGAAAUAUUAUAAACUAAAAAUCGAUUACUUUGUGGUGAAAAAAAUGAAAGGGCUAUGGACUUGGGUGUAUAGCAUUUGUAUUUAGAUAUGAAGUUGGUGGUAUUUGAG